AUGCCCCAGUUCACUUUCGCCUGCUUCUGUGGCCUCCACGGCUUCUGCAAGAUGAAGAGGAAGAAGGAGGAAGUUCACAGAGAGCGGGAAACGGCAGUGUGA